AUGCCCCCUCUCCGUUCUCCCUGUUUUCAUGCCCCCUCUCCGUUCUCCCUGUUUUCAUGCCCCCCUGUUUUCAUGCCCCCUCUCCGUUCUCCUUGUUUUCGUGCCCCCUCUCCGUUCUCCCGGUUUUCCUGCCCCCUCUCUGUUCUCCCUGUUUUCGUGCCCCCCUCUCCAUUCUCCCUGUUUUCAUGCCCCCUCUCCGUUCUCCCUGUUUUCAUGCCCCCUCUGCGUUCUCCCUGUGUUCAUGCCCCCUCUGCGUUCUCCCUAUUUCCAUGCCCCCAUUGCGUUCUCCAUGUUUUCAUGCCCCCUCUGCGUUCUCCCUGUUUUCAUGCCCCCUUUCCGUUCUCCCUGUUUUCAUGCCCCCUCUCCGUUCUCCCUGUUUUCAUGUCCUCUCUCUGUUCUCCCUGUUUUCGUGCCCCCUCUCCGUUCUCCCUGAUUUCAUGCCCCCUCUCUGUUCUCCCUGUUUUCGUGCCCUCUCUCCGUUCUCCCUGUUUUCAUGCCCCCUCUCUGUUCUCCCUGUUUUCAUGCCCCCUCUCCGUUCUCCCUGUUUUCGUGCCUUUUCUGCGUUCUCCCUGUUUUCAUGCCCCCUCUCCAUUCUCCCUGUUUUCAUGCCCCCUCUGCAUUCUCCCUGUUUUCAUGCCCCCUCUGCGUUCUCCCUGUUAUCAUGCCCCCCUGUUUUCAUGCCCCCUCUCCGUUCUCCCUGUUUUUAUGCCCCCUCUCCGUUCUCCCUGUUUUCGUGCCCCCUCUCCGUUCUCCCUGUUUUCAUGCCCCCUCUCCGUUUGCCCUGUUUUCAUGCCCCCUCUCCGUUCUCCCUGUUUUCAUGCCCCCUCUCCGUUCGCCCUGUUUUCGUGCCCCCUCUCCGUUCUCCCUGUUUUCGUGGCCCCUCUCCGUUCUCCUUGUUUUCAUGCCCCCUCUCCGUUCUCCUUGUUUUCAUGCCCCCUCUCCGUUCUCCCUAUUUUCAUGCCCCCUCUCCGUUCUCCUUGUUUUCAUGCCCCAUCUCCGUUCUCCCUGAUUUCAUGCCCCCUCUCCAUUCUCCCUGUUUUCAUGCCCCCUUUGCGUUCUCCUUGUUUUCAUGCCCCCUCUGCGUUCUCCCUGUUUUCAUGCCCCCCUGUUUUCAUGCCCCCUCUCCAUUCUCCCUGUUUUCAUGCCCCCUCUCCGUUCUCCCUGUUUUCGUGCCCCCUCUUCGUUCUCCCUGAUUUCAUGCCCCCUCUCUGUUCUCCGUGUUUUCGUGCCCCCUCUCCGUUCUCCCUGUGUUCAUGCCCCCUCUCCAUUCUCCCUGUUUUUAUGCCCCCUCUCAGUUCUCCUUGUUUUCGUGCCCCCUCUGCUUUCUCCCUGUUUUCAUGCCCCCUUUGUGUUCUCCUUGUUUUCAUGCCCCCUUUGCGUUCUCCCUGUUUUCAUGCCCCCUCUGCGUUCUCCCUGUUUUCAUGCCCCCCUGUUUUCAUGCCUCCUCUCCGUUCUCCCUGUUUUCAUGCCCCCUCUCCGUUCACCCUGUUUUCGUGCCCCCUCUCCGUUCUCCCUGUUUUCAUGCCCCCUCUGCGUUCUCCCUGUUUUCAUGCCCCCUCUGCGUUCUCCCUAUUUUCAUGCCCCCCUGUUUUCAUACCCCCUCUCCGUUCUCCCUGUUUUCAUGCCCCCUCUCCGUUCUCCCUGUUUUCGUGCCCCCUCUCCGUUCUCCCUGUUUUCAUGCCCUCUCUCUGUUCUCCCUGUUGUCGUGCCCCCUCUCCGUUCUUCCUGAUUUCAUGCCCCCUCUCUGUUCUCCCUGUUUUCGUGCCCCCUCUCCGUUCUCCCUGUUUGCAUGCCCCCUCUCCAUUCUCCCUGUUUUCGUGCCCCCUCUGCGUUCUCCCUGUUUUCAUGCCCCCUCUCCGUUCUCCCUGUUUUCAUGCCCUCUCUCUGUUCUCCCUGUUUUCAUGCCCCCUCUCCGUUCUUCCUGAUUUCAUGCCCCCUCUCUGUUCUCCCUGUUUUCAUACCCCCUCUCCGUUCUCCCUGUUUUCAUGCCCCCUCUCCGUUCUCCCUGUUUUCGUGCCCCCUCUCCGUUCUCCCUGUUUUCAUGCCCUCUCUCUGUUCUCCCUGUUUUCGUGCCCCCUCUCCGUUCUUCCUGAUUUCAUGCCCCCUCUCUGUUCUCCCUGUUUUCGUGCCCCCUCUCCGUUCUCACUGUUUUCAUGCCCCCUCUCCGUUCUCCCUGUUUUCAUGCCCCCUCUCCGUUCUCCCUGUUUUCAUGCCCCCUCUCCGUUCUCCCUGUUUUCAUGCCCCCUCUGCGUUCUCCCUGUUUUCAUGCCCUCUCUGCGUUCUCCCUGUUAUCAUGCCCCCCUGUUUUCAUGCCCCCUCUCCGUUCUCCCUGUUUUUAUGCCCCCUCUCCGUUCUCCCUGUUUUUGUGCCCCCUCUCCGUUCUCCCUGUUUUCAUGCCCCCUCUCCGUUUGCCCUGUUUUCAUGCCCCCUCUCCGUUCUCCCUGUUUUCGUGUCCCCUCUCCGAUCUCCUUGUUUUCAUGCCCCCUCUCCGUUCUCCCUGUUUUCAUGCCCCCUCUCCGUUCUCCCUGUUUUCAUGCCCCCUCUCCGAUCUCCUUGUUUUCAUGCCCCCUCUCCGUUCUCCCUGUUUUCAUGCCCCCUCUCCGUUCUCCCUGUUUUCAUGCCCCCUCUCCGUUCUCCUUGUUUUCUUGCCCCCUCUCCGUUCUCCCUGUUUUCAUGCCCCCUUUGCGUUCUCCUUGUUUUCAUGCCCCCUCUGCGUUCUCCCUGUUUUCAUGCCCCCCUGUUUUCAUGCCCCCUCUUCAUUCUCCCUAUUUUCAUGCCCCCUCUCCGUUCUCCCUGUUUUCGUGCCCCCUCUCCGUUCUCCCUGAUUUCAUGACCCCUCUCUUUCUCCUUGUUUUCGUGCCCCCUCUGCGUUCUCCCUGGUUUCAUGCCCCCUUUGCGUUCUCCUUGUUUUCAUGCCCCCUUUGCGUUCUCCCUGUUUUCAUGCCCCCUCUGCGUUCUCCCUGUUUUCAUGCCUCCUCUCUGUUCUCCCUGUUUUCAUGCCCCCUCUCCGUUCACCCUGUUUUCGUGCCCCCUCUCCGUUCACCCUGUUUUCGUGCCCCCUCUCCGUUCUCCCUGUUUUCAUGCCCCCUCUGCGUUCUCCCUGUUUUCAUGCCCCCUCUGCGUUCUCCCUGUUUUCAUGCCCCCUCUCCGUUCUCCCUGUUUUCAUGCCCCCUCUCCGUUCUCCCUAUUUUCGUGCCCCCUCUUCGUUCUCCCUGUUUUCAUGCCCCCUCACUGUUCUCCCUGUUUUCGUGCCCCCCUCUUAGUUCUCACUGUUUUCAUGCCCCCUCUCCGUUCUCACUGUUUUCAUGCCCCCUCUGCGUUCUCCCUGUGUUCAUGCCCCCUCUGCGUUCUCCCUAUUUCCAUGCCCCCUUUGCGUUCUCCUUGUUUUCAUGCCCCCUCUACAUUCUCCCUGUUUUCAUGCCCCCUCUCCAUUCUCCCUGUUUUCGUGCCCCCUCUCUGUUCUCCCUGAUUUCAUGCCCCCUCUCUGUUCUCCCUGUUUUCGUGCCCCCUUUCCGUUCUCACUGUUUUCAUGCCCCCUCUGCGUUCUCCCUGUUUUCAUGCCCCCCUGUUUUCAUGCCUCCUCUCUGUUCUCCCUGUUUUCAUGCCCCCUCUCCGUUCACCCUGUUUUCGUGCCCCCUCUCCGUUCACCCUGUUUUCGUGCCCCCUCUCCGUUCUCCCUGUUUUCAUGCCCCCUCUGCGUUCUCCCUGUUUUCAUGCCCCCUCUGCGUUCUCCCUGUUUUCAUGCCCCCUCUCCGUUCUCCCUGUUUUCAUGCCCCCUCACUGUUCUCCCUGUUUUCGUGCCCCCCUCUUAGUUCUCACUGUUUUCAUGCCCCCUCUCCGUUCUCACUGUUUUCAUGCCCCCUCUGCGUUCUCCCUGUGUUCAUGCCCCCUCUGCGUUCUCCCUAUUUCCAUGCCCCCUUUGCGUUCUCCUUGUUUUCAUGCCCCCUCUACAUUCUCCCUGUUUUCAUGCCCCCUCUCCAUUCUCCCUGUUUUCGUGCCCCCUCUCUGUUCUCCCUGAUUUCAUGCCCCCUCUCUGUUCUCCCUGUUUUCGUGCCCCCUUUCCGUUCUCACUGUUUUCAUGCCCCCUCUGCGUUCUCCCUGUUUUCAUGCCCCCCUGUUUUCAUGCCUCCUCUCUGUUCUCCCUGUUUUCAUGCCCCCUCUCCGUUCACCCUGUUUUCGUGCCCCCUCUCCGUUCACCCUGUUUUCGUGCCCCCUCUCCGUUCUCCCUGUUUUCAUGCCCCCUCUGCGUUCUCCCUUUCUCCCUGUUUUCAUGCCCCCUCUCCGUUAUCACUGUUUUCAUGCCCCCUCUGCGUUCUCCCUGUGUUUAUGCCCCCUCUGCGUUCUCCCUAUUUCCAUGCCCCCUUUGCGUUCUCCUUGUUUUCAUGCCCCCUCUGCAUUCUCCCUGUUUUCAUGCCCCCUCUCCGUUCUCCCUUUUUUCGUGCCCCCUCUCUGUUCUCCCUGAUUUCAUGCCCCCUCUCUGUUCUCCCUGUUUUCAUGCCCCCUCUCUGCGUUCUCCCUGUUUUCAUGCCCCCUUUGCGUUCUCCCUGUUUUCAUGCCCCCUCUGCGUUCUCCUUGUUUUCAUGCCCUCUCUCUGUUCUCCCUGUUUUCGUGCCCCCUCUGCGUUCUCCCUGUUUUCAUGCCCCCUCUGCAUUCUCCCUGUUUUCAUGCCCCCUCUGCGUUCUCCCUGUUAUCAUGCCCCCCUGUUUUCAUGCCCCCUCUCCGUUCUCCCUGUUUUUAUGCCCCCUCUCCGUUCUCCCUCUUUUCGUGCCCCCUCUCCGUUCUCCCUGUUUUCAUGCCCCCUCUCCGUUUGCCCUGUUUUCAUGCCCCCUCUCCGUUCUCCCUGUUUUCAUGCCCCCUCUCCGUUCGCCCUGUUUUCGUGCCCCCUCUCCGUUCUCCCUGUUUUCGUGGCCCCUCUCCGUUCUCCUUGUUUUCAUGCCCCCUCUCCGUUCUCCUUGUUUUCAUGCCCCCUCUCCGUUCUCCCUAUUUUCGUGGCCCCUCUCCGUUCUCCCUGUUUUCAUGCCCCCUCUCUGCGUUCUCCCUGUUUUCAUGCCCCCUUUGCGUUCUCCCUGUUUUCAUGCCCCCUCUGCGUUCUCCUUGUUUUCAUGCCCUCUCUCUGUUCUCCCUGUUUUCGUGCCCCCUCUGCGUUCUCCCUGUUUUCAUGCCCCCUCUGCAUUCUCCCUGUUUUCAUGCCCCCUCUGCGUUCUCCCUGUUAUCAUGCCCCCCUGUUUUCAUGCCCCCUCUCCGUUCUCCCUGUUUUUAUGCCCCCUCUCCGUUCUCCCUCUUUUCGUGCCCCCUCUCCGUUCUCCCUGUUUUCAUGCCCCCUCUCCGUUUGCCCUGUUUUCAUGCCCCCUCUCCGUUCUCCCUGUUUUCAUGCCCCCUCUCCGUUCGCCCUGUUUUCGUGCCCCCUCUCCGUUCUCCCUGUUUUCGUGGCCCCUCUCCGUUCUCCUUGUUUUCAUGCCCCCUCUCCGUUCUCCUUGUUUUCAUGCCCCCUCUCCGUUCUCCCUAUUUUCGUGGCCCCUCUCCGUUCUCCCUGUUUUCAUGCCCCCUCUCCGUUCUCCCUUUUUUCGUGCCCCCUCUCUGUUCUCCCUGAUUUCAUGCCCCCUCUCUGUUCUCCCUGUUUUCGUGCCCCCUUUCCGUUCUCACUGUUUUCAUGCCCCCUCUCCAUUCUCCCUGUUUUCAUGCCCCCUCUCUGCGUUCUCCCUGUUUUCAUGCCCCCUCUGCGUUCUCCCUGUUUUCAUGCCCCCUCUGCGUUCUCCUUGUUUUCAUGCCCUCUCUCUGUUCUCCCUGUUUACGUGCCCCCUCUCCGUUCUCCCUGAUUUCAUGCCCCCUCUCUGUUCUCCCUGUUUUCGUGCCCUCUCUCCGUUCUCCCUGUUUUCAUGCCCCCUCUCCGUUCUCCCUGUUUUCUUCUCCCUGUUUUCAUGCCCCCUCUGCGUUCUCCCUGUUUUCAUGCCCCCCUGUUUUCAUGCCCCCUCUCCGUUCUCCCUGUUUUCAUGCCCCCUCUCCGUUCUCCCUGUUUUCGUGCCCCCUCUCCGUUCUCCCUGUUUUCAUGCCCUCUCUCUAUUCUCCCUGUUUUCGUGCCCCCUCUCCGUUCUUCCUGAUUUCAUGCCCCCUCUCCGUUCUCCCUGUUUUCGUGCCCCCUCUGCGUUCUCCCUGUUUUCAUGCCCCCUCUCCGUUCUCCCUGUUUUCAUGCCCCCUCUGCGUUCUCCCUGUUUUCAUGCCCUCUCUGCGUUCUCCCUGUUAUCAUGCCCCCCUGUUUUCAUGCCCCCUCUCCGUUCUCCCUGUUUUUAUGCCCCCUCUCCGUUCUCCCUGUUUUCAUGCCCCCUCUCCGUUCGCCCUGUUUUCGUGCCCCCUCUCCGUUCUCCCUGUUUUCGUGCCCCCUCUGCGUUCUCCCUGUUUUCAUGCCCCCUCUCCGUUCUCCCUGUUUUCAUGCCCCAUCUGCGUUCUCCCUGUUUUCAUGCCCUCUCUGCGUUCUCCCUGUUAUCAUGCCCCCCUGUUUUCAUGCCCCCUCUCCGUUCUCCCUGUUUUUAUGCCCCCUCUCCGUUCUCCCUGUUUUCAUGCCCCCUCUGCGUUCUCCCUGUUUUCAUGCCCUCUCUGCGUUCUCCCUGUUAUCAUGCCCCCCUGUUUUCAUGCCCCCUCUCCGUUCUCCCUGUUUUUAUGCCCCCUCUCCGUUCUCCCUGUUUUCAUGCCCCCUCUCCGUUCUCCCUGUUUUCAUGCCCCCUCUCCGUCCUCCUUUUCUCCUUGUUUUCGUGCCCCCUCUGCGUUCUCCCUGGUUUCAUGCCCCCUUUGCGUUCUCCUUGUUUUCAUGCCCCCUUUGCGUUCUCCCUGUUUUCAUGCCCCCUCUGCGUUCUCCCUGUUUUCAUGCCCCCCUGUUUUCAUGUCUCCUCUCUGUUCUCCCUGUUUUCAUGCCCCCUCUCCGUUCACCCUGUUUUCGUGCCCCCUCUCCGUUCACCCUGUUUUUGUGCCCCCUCUCCGUUCUCCCUGUUUUCAUGCCCCCUCUGCGUUCUCCCUGUUUUCAUGACCCCUCUGCGUUCUCCCUGUUUUCAUGCCCCCUCUCCGUUCUCCCUGUUUUCAUGCCCCCUCUCCGUUCUCCCUGUUUUCGUGCCCCCUCUUCGUUCUCCCUGUUUUCAUGCCCCCUCUCUGUUCUCCCUGUUUUCGUGCCCCCCUCUUAAUUCUCCCUGUUUUCAUGCCCCCUCUCCGUUCUCACUGUUUUCAUGCCCCCUCUGCGUUCUCCCUGUGUUCAUGCCCCCUCUGUGUUCUCCCUAUUUCCAUGCCCCCUUUGCGUUCUCCUUGUUUUCAUGCCCCCUCUGCAUUCUCCCUGUUUUCAUGCCCCCUCUCCGUUCUCCCUGUUUUCGUGCCCCCUCUCCGUUCUCCCUGUUUUCAUGCCCUCUCUCGCCCCCUCUCCGUUCUCCCUGUUUUCGUGCCCCCUCUGCGUUCUCCCUGUUUGCAUGCCCCCUCUCUGUUCUCCCUGUUUUCAUACCCCCUCUCCGUUCUCCCUGUUUUCAUGCCCCCUCUCCGUUCUCCCUGUUUUCGUGCCCCCUCUCCGUUCUCCCUGUUUUCAUGCCCUCUCUCUGUUCUCCCUGUUUUCGUGCCCCUUCUCCGUUCUUCCUGAUUUCAUGCCCUCUCUCCGUUCUCCCUGUUUUCAUGCCCCCUCUCCGUUCUCCCUGUUUGCAUGCCCCCUCUCCGUUCUCCCUGUUUUCGUGCCCCCUCUCCGUUCUCCCUGUUUUCAUGCCCUCUCUCUGUUCUCCCUGUUUUCGUGCCCCCUCUCCGUUCUUCCUGAUUUCAUGCCCCCUCUCUGUUCUCCCUGUUUUCGUGCCCCCUCUCCGUUCUCACUGUUUUCAUGCCCCCUCUCCGUUCUCCCUGUUUUCAUGCCCCCUCUCCGUUCUCCCUGUUUUCAUGCCCCCUCUCCGUUCUCCCUGUUUUCAUGCCCCCUCUGCGUUCUCCCUGUUUUCAUGCCCUCUCUGCGUUCUCCCUGUUAUCAUGCCCCCCUGUUUUCAUGCCCCCUCUCCGUUCUCCCUGUUUUUAUGCCCCCUCUCCGUUCUCCCUGUUUUUGUGCCCCCUCUCCGUUCUCCCUGUUUUCAUGCCCCCUCUCCGUUUGCCCUGUUUUCAUGCCCCCUCUCCGUUCUCCCUGUUUUCGUGUCCCCUCUCCGAUCUCCUUGUUUUCAUGCCCCCUCUCCGUUCUCCCUGUUUUCAUGCCCCCUCUCCGUUCUCCCUGUUUUCAUGCCCCCUCUCCGUUCUCCUUGUUUUCUUUCCCCCUCUCCGUUCUCCCUGAUUUCAUGCCCCCUCUCCGUUCUCCCUGUUUUCAUGCCCCCUUUGCGUUCUCCUUGUUUUCAUGCCCCCUCUGCGUUCUCCCUGUUUUCAUGCCCCCCUGUUUUCAUGCCCCCUCUUCAUUCUCCCUAUUUUCAUGCCCCCUCUCCGUUCUCCCUGUUUUCGUGCCCCCUCUCCGUUCUCCCUGAUUUCAUGACCCCUCUCUGUUCUCCCUGUUUUCGUGCCCCCUCUCCGUUCUCCCUGUUUUCAUGCCCCCUCUCCGUUCUCCUUGUUUUCAUGCCCCCUCUCCGUUCUCCCUGUUUUCAUGCCCCCUCUCCGUUCUCCCUGUUUUCAUGCCCCCUCUCCGUUCUCCCUGUUUUCAUGCCCCCUCUGCGUUCUCCCUGUUUUCAUGCCCUCUCUGCGUUCUCCCUGUUAUCAUGCCCCCCUGUUUUCAUGCCCCCUCUCCGUUCUCCCUGUUUUUAUGCCCCCUCUCCGUUCUCCCUGUUUUUGUGCCCCCUCUCCGUUCUCCCUGUUUUCAUGCCCCCUCUCCGUUUGCCCUGUUUUCAUGCCCCCUCUCCGUUCUCCCUGUUUUCGUGUCCCCUCUCCGAUCUCCUUGUUUUCAUGCCCCCUCUCCGUUCUCCCUGUUUUCAUGCCCCCUCUCCGUUCUCCCUGUUUUCAUGCCCCCUCUCCGUUCUCCCUGUUUUCAUGCCCCCUCUCCGUUCUCCUUGUUUUCUUGCCCCCUCUCCGUUCUCCCUGUUUUCAUGCCCCCUUUGCGUUCUCCUUGUUUUCAUGCCCCCUCUGCGUUCUCCCUUUCUCCUUGUUUUCGUGCCCCCUCUGCGUUCUCCCUGGUUUCAUGCCCCCUUUGCGUUCUCCUUGUUUUCAUGCCCCCUUUGCGUUCUCCCUGUUUUCAUGCCCCCUCUGCGUUCUCCCUGUUUUCAUGCCUCCUCUCUGUUCUCCCUGUUUUCAUGCCCCCUCUCCGUUCACCCUGUUUUCGUGCCCCCUCUCCGUUCACCCUGUUUUCGUGCCCCCUCUCCGUUCUCCCUGUUUUCAUGCCCCCUCUGCGUUCUCCCUGUUUUCAUGCCCCCUCUGCGUUCUCCCUGUUUUCAUGCCCCCUCUCCGUUCUCCCUGUUUUCAUGCCCCCUCUCCGUUCUCCCUAUUUUCGUGCCCCCUCUUCGUUCUCCCUGUUUUCAUGCCCCCUCACUGUUCUCCCUGUUUUCGUGCCCCCCUCUUAGUUCUCACUGUUUUCAUGCCCCCUCUCCGUUCUCACUGUUUUCAUGCCCCCUCUGCGUUCUCCCUGUGUUCAUGCCCCCUCUGCGUUCUCCCUAUUUCCAUGCCCCCUUUGCGUUCUCCUUGUUUUCAUGCCCCCUCUACAUUCUCCCUGUUUUCAUGCCCCCUCUCCAUUCUCCCUGUUUUCGUGCCCCCUCUCUGUUCUCCCUGAUUUCAUGCCCCCUCUCUGUUCUCCCUGUUUUCGUGCCCCCUUUCCGUUCUCACUGUUUUCAUGCCCCCUCUGCGUUCUCCCUGUUUUCAUGCCCCCCUGUUUUCAUGCCUCCUCUCUGUUCUCCCUGUUUUCAUGCCCCCUCUCCGUUCACCCUGUUUUCGUGCCCCCUCUCCGUUCACCCUGUUUUCGUGCCCCCUCUCCGUUCUCCCUGUUUUCAUGCCCCCUCUGCGUUCUCCCUGUUUUCAUGCCCCCUCUGCGUUCUCCCUGUUUUCAUGCCCCCUCUCCGUUCUCCCUGUUUUCAUGCCCCCUCACUGUUCUCCCUGUUUUCGUGCCCCCCUCUUAGUUCUCACUGUUUUCAUGCCCCCUCUCCGUUCUCACUGUUUUCAUGCCCCCUCUGCGUUCUCCCUGUGUUCAUGCCCCCUCUGCGUUCUCCCUAUUUCCAUGCCCCCUUUGCGUUCUCCUUGUUUUCAUGCCCCCUCUACAUUCUCCCUGUUUUCAUGCCCCCUCUCCAUUCUCCCUGUUUUCGUGCCCCCUCUCUGUUCUCCCUGAUUUCAUGCCCCCUCUCUGUUCUCCCUGUUUUCGUGCCCCCUUUCCGUUCUCACUGUUUUCAUGCCCCCUCUGCGUUCUCCCUGUUUUCAUGCCCCCCUGUUUUCAUGCCUCCUCUCUGUUCUCCCUGUUUUCAUGCCCCCUCUCCGUUCACCCUGUUUUCGUGCCCCCUCUCCGUUCACCCUGUUUUCGUGCCCCCUCUCCGUUCUCCCUGUUUUCAUGCCCCCUCUGCGUUCUCCCUUUCUCCCUGUUUUCAUGCCCCCUCUCCGUUAUCACUGUUUUCAUGCCCCCUCUGCGUUCUCCCUGUGUUUAUGCCCCCUCUGCGUUCUCCCGAUUUCCAUGCCCCCUUUGCGUUCUCCUUGUUUUCAUGCCCCCUCUGCAUUCUCCCUGUUUUCAUGCCCCCUCUCCGUUCUCCCUUUUUUCGUGCCCCCUCUCUGUUCUCCCUGAUUUCAUGCCCCCUCUCUGUUCUCCCUGUUUUCAUGCCCCCUCUCUGCGUUCUCCCUGUUUUCAUGCCCCCUUUGCGUUCUCCCUGUUUUCAUGCCCCCUCUGCGUUCUCCUUGUUUUCAUGCCCUCUCUCUGUUCUCCCUGUUUUCGUGCCCCCUCUGCGUUCUCCCUGUUUUCAUGCCCCCUCUGCAUUCUCCCUGUUUUCAUGCCCCCUCUGCGUUCUCCCUGUUAUCAUGCCCCCCUGUUUUCAUGCCCCCUCUCCGUUCUCCCUGUUUUUAUGCCCCCUCUCCGUUCUCCCUCUUUUCGUGCCCCCUCUCCGUUCUCCCUCUUUUCGUGCCCCCUCUCCGUUCUCCCUGUUUUCAUGCCCCCUCUCCGUUUGCCCUGUUUUCAUGCCCCCUCUCCGUUCUCCCUGUUUUCAUGCCCCCUCUCCGUUCGCCCUGUUUUCGUGCCCCCUCUCCGUUCUCCCUGUUUUCGUGGCCCCUCUCCGUUCUCCUUGUUUUCAUGCCCCCUCUCCGUUCUCCCUGUUUUCAUGCCCCCUCUCUGCGUUCUCCCUGUUUUCAUGCCCCCUUUGCGUUCUCCCUGUUUUCAUGCCCCCUCUGCGUUCUCCUUGUUUUCAUGCCCUCUCUCUGUUCUCCCUGUUUUCGUGCCCCCUCUGCGUUCUCCCUGUUUUCAUGCCCCCUCUGCAUUCUCCCUGUUUUCAUGCCCCCUCUGCGUUCUCCCUGUUAUCAUGCCCCCCUGUUUUCAUGCCCCCUCUCCGUUCUCCCUGUUUUUAUGCCCCCUCUCCGUUCUCCCUCUUUUCGUGCCCCCUCUCCGUUCUCCCUCUUUUCGUGCCCCCUCUCCGUUCUCCCUGUUUUCAUGCCCCCUCUCCGUUUGCCCUGUUUUCAUGCCCCCUCUCCGUUCUCCCUGUUUUCAUGCCCCCUCUCCGUUCGCCCUGUUUUCGUGCCCCCUCUCCGUUCUCCCUAUUUUCGUGGCCCCUCUCCGUUCUCCCUGUUUUCAUGCCCCCUCUCCGUUCUCCCUUUUUUCGUGCCCCCUCUCUGUUCUCCCUGAUUUCAUGCCCCCUCUCUGUUCUCCCUGUUUUCGUGCCCCCUUUCCGUUCUCACUGUUUUCAUGCCCCCUCUCCGUUCUCCCUGUUUUCAUGCCCCCUCUCUGCGUUCUCCCUGUUUUCAUGCCCCCUCUGCGUUCUCCCUGUUUUCAUGCCCCCUCUGCGUUCUCCUUGUUUUCAUGCCCUCUCUCUGUUCUCCCUGUUUUCGUGCCCCCUCUCCGUUCUCCCUGAUUUCAUGCCCCCUCUCUGUUCUCCCUGUUUUCGUGCCCUCUCUCCGUUCUCCCU